GGUGUUUUAUUUUGAAAGUCUGAGCAGGAAGUCGCUUCGGCUUUCUGUCGUCGUCGUCUCGGCGGUUCAGGGAGACUUCGGCUCCGCUCGGAGAAACAGCACCGGACUGUAUGGUGGAGAACCGUUUUACCGUCUUUUUACCUUUUUUCUGGAGACCGGCUGUAUGAUUAAGCUACAAUCUUCAAUGAGUAAGCAUAUCCCAGUAAGUUACAUGUUCUGUGCGGCUGCCAUUUUGUUUUCUGCUUUUUAUUCCUUCGUCUGCUCUUAAAUCUGUUCGUUAUUAUCGCCAACCAGCUGGCCUUCACGUUUCUUCGGUGAAAUCACGGCCUCGUACACAGAAAUGAUGUAUUAUGUCCUUCACUUUGCUGUCAAAUGUUUUAUCUUCGUACUGGCGGUUAUUACAGUCGACUGUUGGCGCGUUUGUACCGUUAAAUCAUUGGUUAGCUGACGGCUAGGGGGGCAUCUUCGUCGUGUAAAGGAAGCGGCUGUCGGAUGCGCAGCUCCCGGUUAGUUAGUCGAAGUUUCUCUCGGUUAAAAUCGAGUCAAUAUGAUGUGAAACAACUAAAAAAUAUCACUGACAUUUUCUUGUACAGUUCUAAUCCUGACAGGGCUUUAACUGUUUUAGCGAGGCGUCGUCUUUGUCAGGUUAAAGAAGCGUGUUUGAGUCCAGCUCUGUCAGGGCCUCUAACGGUAGAUGAUGAUGAUCAUGGCGCCCAGUCUCUCCUCCUCCUCCUCCUCACACAAAGGACACUUUAGAGCAGCAGCAGCAGCAGGCCUGUCUGUGUGUGAGAGGACUUUAUUUCUACAGGAGGGACGGCUUUAAACCGGGAAAACAACGGCCUUCAAGAGCCGGCAUCUAUCUACAUCACGACAGAGAGCUGACAGGUUUUCUUAGAGUCAUACAGGAGAACUGUGAUGUUAAAAUACACGAGGUUAACUGUUGAAAAUCCACUUUAAUUAACCCUAAAACACUAUCAUUAAAAUUAGUAACACCAUCACUAUGGCUAUCAGGUGAUUUUUACCUGAAAUAAUAAACCCAUAUAUAUUAAAAUAGGACAAUAUAUGACAAAUUAAAGUAGUUUUCUUUUAUUUUGUGUAAUGUCCAAAGGUAGGGAGAAAACAUACAAAUAUAAAUACAUUAUAUAUAUAUAUAUAUAUAUAUCUCCUUGGCACAAUAACAGCUGCAGGAGAGAGAUCCAAUAUAUGACAGAUUUGGAGUGAGUAAUAAUGACCAGCUGAGUCAAGUAUUUCUUAUCACCAUAUGAAUUCACUUGAAAAUCACUGCUUUGUGAUAGUUAUUCAUAACCACUGCGCUGAAUAAAGACAGCAUGCAAAUUCCAGGACCACUCUUAUUGAUUUUAUUCCCUACAUGCAGCUAUAAAAUCCAUCAAACCUAUUUUAGCCUCUAUCACUAUUGCAGGUUUUGGAUCAGGGAAACAAAUACGUCUUCAAAGAUGUCAAAGGAAAUGCUGAAGCUACUGAGGGACCCAUGAUACUCAGACAAACACAACAUCAUGAAAAUCACCUAAAAACAUGUUUGGUCGGGUGAAAAUCACCCGGUGAUAGUGUUCCAGGGUUAAACGAACUGUGUGUUUAAAUACAUAAUGUUGAUUUAGUAAAACCCCCUUUGCUUAAACAGCCUGACCUUAACAGUUUAAUGUAAUGUAAGGGUUUCUUUACACUCGAAAGUCGACUAACCAGCCUACGGUAUCAUAUCCAAAGACUGGGGACAUCUUUGUGUCUGAAUCCAACCGUUCAGUGAAUAUUCAUUUCACUGCAUCAGUCGGUCCUUAAAUCCCUUCAGGAGGCUUUUUGAAGGGGCAACAGUACACUGAAGAAGCUUGAAUGCUGUGUUUUGUGCUUGUAAUCUAGUGGUACUUCUCAUAUAUGUGCGUCUAUGUGUCUUGUUCAUUUUUUUAGUUGCAUGUGGAGCUGCUGUGCAUGGAAGAACUGGAAUAUUUUGACCUGUCUGAAAAAUUGAUCAUAACAGGUUUUUUAAGGAUAAAGCUGCAAAUAUGCGCUGACACUGAGAUAAAAUUGGAGCUUUGUCUUUAUACGGGCGGACUCAGAGUUGCCUCAUUUGACCUUCCUUAAAUCCAGGCCUUUAGAGAUCAUCUGUAAUAUGCUAGAUAAAGAUAAUGGUAGGGUUAUAUCUGCGAAAACGUCUUAAAAAUAUAUGUUUUUACAAGAUGGGGAAACGUAAUCAAGCCUUAAAUCACCCAUUACUCUGUAUUCUCUGUCAAACAGUGUUUGUUGGCUGGAAAAUAGAAGAUAAAUCGAAGUGUGGUUUGGUAUCUGAGGGGAAAUACUGCGGCUUAAUGAGGCCUUCAGGUGUUAACACCCUUCUUCACAGUGUAAAGGGCAGAAACAUUAGGAACUAAAUGGCAGUGAAAGCAUUUGUGAGUCAGAUUUAUGAGGACGAUAAUAACAGUGUGCGUGAGUGAGUGUUUAAAGCCCCUGUUGAAGGCCUCAUGGUGAGCUCAGCCCUCACAGAUAUGAUGACCUAGAUGUCAGAAAUGACACAUCCCUCCUAUUGUAUACCAGCGGCCAUUAUGUAGGAUGUUACACAGUGUUGCAGUGUGGCUUUAUAUAACCAAAUGAAAGGUAUGUUUCUGUGUUUUGUCCUCAUUCUUUCACCUGUUAUAUUGAAAUUCUGAUUAGUGCAGUAACACCAGGAGUAAAAAGCAGAAAAGGUUUAUCCUGAGAAAACAGUCGGAGCGAGUUUUAAUUUGAAGGCAGGAGAAGAAAAGAAAACCAGAGGAGGAUUUUGACUGUUUGCAUUCUGAGGGUGAAGCCCACAGAUUGGAGUUGUAGUAUCAGUGUCUGGUUACACUGGUGUUACUCAUGUGUAUGAUGCAACUGUGCCACAAUCCAGGAGUGUCAACAAAUCUAUUUUACCCCCAGUCUUAAGAGCAGGGCUGCAGCUCUCCGUGAAUCUACCCUGUGUUUUCUAUAUCCAAACACUCAAGUCAGGAAAGAUGUCGAGCUGUCCGCUGAAAAAUCAACAAAACUUCGAUAUCAAGAUGCAAAAACAUCCAUACAGAGAGAGGACAAAAAAGGAACAAGUGAGAGGUUCAAGACCAUUCAACAAAAUUUAUUAAUAUGAUAAUAAUGAUAAUUAUUUAUAUAUCGAAACAGACGGGACCAAAUUCAAACAAAUCAGAGACUAAUAUCACAGAGAGCCUGUGUGGUUAUAAACAGUUCGAGGGUUUUAAAGGUCUGCUCUUCAAACAAUCAUCUUUGAUUCAAAGUCCCACUUUGAUCAUUCAUUGAUUUUAAUUGAAAGUGUCAUCAGUGGUCUUUAAAUGGUGAUUAUGAUUGUGGUCAUACGUGUGUAAACAGAGAGAGGAGUGUUGGUGUUGGUUUGGUUUUAGUUUUCAUACAAAGAGAAUCUUUAAUGAGUAGAAAAUAUAUAAAUAUUUAAUAUAUUAGAAUAUUAGAAUACUUCAUCUGAAGCCACUUCAUGAUAUUCCAGGAGUUACAAAUAUGACGGUAAUCUUGGACUAAAUCUCAGAAUAUUCAGGAUGGUUCCAGUGAGUGUUCGCUAAUCUCUGUGGAUGUUAAUCUGUGACUCUGUCCUCAUGUUUUUUUCUUUUUGUUGGUCAGUUCUGCUUAAGUUCUGUGAUGGACCCGUUUAGUGUAUUUGUUCUGGUUCUGACCCGGUGGUCUCCCUCUUUGUCCCCCUGUGUGUCCUGCAGCAGUUCUGUGGUGUUCUGGGUCACACAUUUAUGGAGUUUCUGAAGGGCAGUGGGGACUACUGCCAGGCUCAGCACGCUGCAUAUGCAGACGAGUGAACGGCCAAACUCGCCAUCGAUCCGACGCACUUGAGCCACAGGAGGGACCCCGGAAAGUUGGCAGGACCGGGACGCCUCCCAGAACCAGCGACAACUCGGCCUGGAUGGGGUAACUUCACCCGCUGCACACUGCCCUCGUCGGCUUCCGCCAGAAUCAGGGUGGAACCAGCCUUUGUUUUUUUCCUUUUCUUUUGUUUUAUCCAGAGGAGAGGGUUUUGAGUUGUUUCCGACUGUCCGCUCUUUUUAUCGGCCGCCAACUCCCCAAAUUUCCCCGUUUUUGCCCGUCGAAGCCUUCAUACUUUUCUGUUUAGCCUCGCCAACCUCGAAGGAAGGAAGGAAGAGCGGCGGAUUUCUGAGCGUUUUAGUUUGACAUUCCCUCCGAGUUCUAACUCCGUGUUUACAUUCGUGUUUUUACUCUGUGGAAGACUUUUGUGUUUUUUUUACGUUGUCACGAUGGCUCGUAUGAACAGACCCGCCCCUGUGGAGAUCACCUACAAGAACAUGAGAUUCCUCAUUACCCACAAUCCCACCAACGCCACCCUGAACAAGUUCAUUGAGGUGAGUCCUUUUGUCAGUUAUUUAGAUGAGAAGUUUUCAGACUAACAACAGACAGAUCCUGGACCUGAAGGAGGUCUGUCGAUCUCCUCUCGCCUCCUUUGAUUUUCUCAUCUCGGUUUUUCUGACAGGAGCUGAAGAAGUAUGGAGUCACCACCGUUGUGAGAGUCUGUGAGGCCACCUAUGACGCCACCUUGGUGGUGAAGGAGGGGAUCCAAGUUCUGGUGAGUUCCUCUAACCCUCAAACCCCGCUCUAACUUUCCUGACUUUUUUCAAGGUAGAACAAAAUCCUUCUAACGGUCACCAACAUGAACAUGAAUGAAGUCACAUGUUUAGUGAGUUUUUGGACGACCUCUGAUCAUGUUUCCAAACACUCAAUAUCAGAUUAUGAAGAUGUAGCGCUGGAGCUCAGCUGACCUCUGGAGAAAAGUUCUCCUUUGACAAACUGACGGUACUGUGAGGACGUGACGACUUCCAGAGUUCGGUUUAUUUGUUUGUGUCCUCGGUUAAAGUAACGGAGACGUUUUCUUGUGAUUCUCUUGAGUUGUGAGUUUAUGAUGUCUGUUAAUUAUCGCUGAUCUGUUGUCGUGGGACUGAAUGUAUAUUAUUAUUGUUGUUGUUGUUGGUUUUCCUAAUCUAGUUUUGGUUGUGUUUGACUUUGACGCUCUGCUGGUUCUGAGUUGAAAUGAUCGUUUGCUGAAGGGUUUAUUUCUUGGUUUAUUCAUAUAUUUUUCAGGCGCCCCACACUUCUGCUCUGAAGAGAGACGCUUUUCUUCCACAUAUGAGAGUCCUGAAACUUCUGCAGAGUUUCUCUGUCCCUCCUUCCUCAUAGUAGAUAACUGCUGACCAGUGGAAGGUAAACCUCCAGCUGUGUCCGUGCAGCACUCGUGUAUGAGUGAGGAGGAGGAGGAGGAAGCAGAGUGGACGGUGUUUACUUCUCCCAAAUAUUCCCAUCAUAUUUAUUUUUCUGAGAACAAGCUCACAGUGAAAUGUAAACUGAUCCUGGAGGACUGAAGACCGUCAGCUGCUCCAGAAUAUCUCGACUCGUAUUUUCCCUUAAGUGCCGGUGAUGAGGAAGGAUAUCCUUUGUGUGUAGAGAUUAGAGAGUCUAGAUGUCAGUGUGGUUUUUCUGGGGUUAAUCAUAGAUGUUCUGAUGUUGAUGGUCUUACAGCUCAAACCUUCAAAACAGUAUGAGCAGCUAAAGUGUCGACAACAGCCUGAGAUGAUGUUUCAUAUCUACUGAUCCUGUUAGUUUGAUCGAGUCUCAGCCGACAUCAGGAGGAGGAGGAGGAGGAGGAGGACGGGUCUGUGAACAUGAACAUGAACGUCUCCAUGUCCUCUAACGUUAAACAUUAACUUCACAUGGACACGCCUCUGAGCUCGAGUAGAUCUGAAGUGGGUCAUGGUCUUCAAACAUCAUCUGUUCCCACUAAAGCUCUGCAAACACAGAUAGAGGAGGAGGAGCAGGAGCAGCGCCUCCCUCCCUCCCUCUACAACAACACCUCCUCUCCCUGCAGCUGUUUUCAGCCCUCACACACAGAUGACAUCAUUUCCCUCUUUCUUCCUCUUUUCCUCGUCCAGGAUUGGCCGUUUGAUGAUGGAGCUCCUCCCUCUAACCAGAUUGUGGACGAUUGGCUGAACCUGCUGAAGCUGAAGUUCAGGGAGGAGCCCGGCUGCUGCAUCGCUGUCCACUGUGUGGCAGGACUGGGGAGGUGAGCACUGACUACUGUGGAGGAGGAGGAGGAGGAGGAGGAGGAGGAGGAUUAAAGUCUUAAGUUCUUAUCACACAGGAUCAUAUUUGACACGUGAGCUCUGAAGCUCUGGGUUAGAAAAAAUAAAACCUUAUUUUAGCAGAAUUCACCGACAGAUAACCACUUUUACACAGAUAUGUUUUUUUAAAAUAUUUUUUAUUCAGAUAUUAUUGUAACAGAAUGAACAACAAAAAGAAAACAAAACAAUUAUUUCAGUUUUAAAGGAUUCAGAUUUUGUCCGGGAGAAAAAAAAGAAAUGAUUGUAACCAGUUCCAACGUAGUAUCAGGAAUAAACAAAAAUAACACACAGUCCAAAGUCUGGUUGUCCAAAAACACCCAACAAUCAAAAGUUUGUCUGUUCCCAGGUAAAAGCAGGGACUGGGGUUAGUUCUCCAUCUGGUUGAGUUGAUUGUUGAAAUAUUAGGGGUGGGAAUCUUUUACUGUCUCACGAUUCGAUUCCGAUUUUUGGAGCCACGAUUUGAUUUAAAAUCGAUUUUCGAUUCAAAAUGAUUUUAUUCAUAAUGACCCUGAAAGAAACUUCAUUAAACUAUAAAACAUGUAAAAAAAGGGAACUGUGGAUGAAACCGACAUUCAGGGGGAUCAUUUCAGUCCUGCUCUGACCUGGACUGGACCCCUCUUUGCAGCUUUCAUCAUCUCAGUGAAGAACUUUCUGGAAGCUGACACGUCGGCUCUCCUCUUUUGUCCCUCCAGAGCUCCUGUCCUGGUGGCGCUGGCCUUGAUCGAAUGUGGGAUGAAAUAUGAAGAUGCUGUCCAGUUCAUUCGACAGUAAGUCACUCCGCCACGUGUGUGUGUGCGUGCGUGUGUGUGUGACCUCCGGUGUUGAAGACAACUGUGUCCAAUGUCCUCCAGGUAGAAGUGUGCGCAGAAACAAGCAGAAGCUCAUAUGAGCCUCUGGGUAAUUUUCUGCAUCAUCAUCAUUAUUAUAAUUAAGAAGAAAAGUUUUUAUUAAACUCUGUUUUGUUUGUAAGAACAUGGACCUAAUCAUGCACCGAUGAAUCUUGGGUGGGGAUCGUUGAUCGGCUGAUCCUUACACGUAAAACCGAUUUUAUCCUCCGAUCUUACCAACCUCAGCAGAGGUGUGAAAGUCAGCCGCUGGAGCUUUUUGCUUUUCCAGAAUGACAGUUUAGUUUGUCCUGUAGAUUAUUACUUUACUAACUUCCUCAAACUUUGUGAUUUCCUUUAUUUGUAAAAGCGAAAUACUGCUGUGAACUUUAUUUUGGUAAGAGGCUCAAAACAGGCCUGCAGUCUGACCUGUUGGGCAAAUAUUGUUAAUUUUUAAAAUGUGGAAAAUAAAAGACUAAAGGAACUGAUUUAAUUUAGUAGUUUGAACAGAAAUACUCUAAACUUUUCAGUUUUAUUUGAGAGAUCGACCUCAUGUGUAGUUAAGACAAACACAAAAAGGUUUAUACUGUUCAGUGUUUUUCAUUAAAAUAAGAUCGGAGCAUCGAAGGUGGAUGUUGUCAGUUCUAAAAGUAAAUUCGGUAUCGGCAGGUCAAGCUUUCAAAAGAUCGGCGAUAGGCCAGAAUCGGUGCACUCCUACAUGGUACAAAUCUUCUCCAAAGUUCUUUAUUUUGUCGACAUGGUUCAGAAAAAGCUCUUUGAGUCCCGUCAUGACAGGGGUCACUGUAGUCCAUCAGAUAUGAGCUGUAGGACAUGUUUCCAACAGGAAGUAAGUGUUGGCGUGCUCCAUAGAAGGAGCAGGGAUGAGUCAUGGCUGUAAAUAGCUGAGCUAUCAGGUAGUCAGAUAGGAGAGUGUGCGUGUGUGUGUGUGUGUGUGUGUGUGUGUGUGUGUGUGUGUGUGUGUGCGCGUGCGUGCGUGCAUGCGUGUGCGUGCGUGCAUCAGAGUCAUGUUUCCAGCUCUCACGUGUCGCUCGGACUCUCCUGGAUUCUGGAGGAUGUUGGACACUCAGACGGUCUUUGGUCGUGGUCGCUCAGCUGUUUCUCUUCCUCAUUAAAAACUAGAGGAUGACAUUUUUAGGGAAUUCCCGUGGGUCACGUGAUCAUUUUUUGAUUAAUCCUGUGAUCGGGACGGGAAAAGAAGCAACAGGAGUGGGCAGGAGCGGGAACAACAUUAAUAGAUUAGUUGUGAUGUGCUCAGUUGUGAUUUUACCAUCACAGACUUGUUGAGUUCGGUCACGGCGCUUUAGUACCUGAUGUGACAUUUUUAAUGUGUUUUAUGUUCUUGGAGGGAGAGCAGUGUGGCUGUGAAACUGUCGGCUCAUAAUAAAGAGCAGUAACCUAACAACCUAACGUCACACGCUGAUGUGGAUUUGUGCGUCUGUGUUCUCUCCAGGAAGCGUCGGGGAGCGUUCAACAGCAAACAGCUGUUCUACCUGGAGAAAUAUCGUCCAAAGAUGCGCCUGCGCUUCAAAGAUUCCAACGGCCAUCGCAAUAACUGCUGCAUCCAGUAGAGCCAAACCCUGAGCCAUGCCAACCCCCCAAUAAAAGAAGAUCAAUUGAACCUUGCAGGCUUGUUUUUUGGUCAUUGUGUUGAAGUAUUUUAUUUUGAAAAACCUCCCCCCCUCCCCCCCUUUUCUGCUCCCGGUUCAAAUCAAGUGUCAUAAAAAAGAAAGUAAUCGAGCUGUGUGAACCGAAGUCACCGUGUUUUCUCUUCAUGUGCCCAGAAAAAAAAUAUAAAAAGCGUAGACAGGGCAGCAGAGUCGUGUAUCGUUGUAAGAUGUUGGAUUAACUGUUUUUGCAUCCCAAAGAUUCUGAUUGGCCGGUUGACAUCGCCUGAGAAUGUGCUAAACACAAAAAGGAAAACGUUUUUAAUUUCUUCUGCUCCCAGUUCAAUGAAAGGGUUAACCAGAGCGAGGUAUGCCUUCCUUCAGAUCAGACGGUUCAUCCAUAAAUGCCUUACAAUCCAAGUGGAACAAAGGCACUGGAGGCGGGUCGCCCUCGCCGCCGGCAUUCGGAAAAAGGUGUUUCAUUUUUCUACUCGGAACAAAAAAAACCACAAAUCGUUGCCUUUGUCUCGUGCAGGAAGUCUUACACUCACUUAAGCCCUUUCACUAACUCUUUUUUAAUAUAAGACGCUUAAUUGUUGCAAUAUUUAUUUGUCCAUUGAAAGUCUGGGACCUUGUUUCCUUUCUCUAUCAAACCUUCUGUUUACGGAUUAACUGCCAUGUCUAAGAUGUGAUUUUAUUUUUCUGUUUUUAUUUUUAAUUUUCUGUUUUUGUUUUUUUUUUCCGCUUCAAACUGGACUUCCAACGUCUGCGAUAUUUUGUAUGCCUUUUUGUUUGAUGUCUGUAACUUAAGACUUGGAUACUUGAUGAUUUUAUGUAUUUGAAAAUGUGUACUAUUAUUAUUAGGUUGGCUAUUUAUACUAUCAAUGGAUGUGUGAUUUAGUACCGUGAGCGACAAAGUUGUACCUGUUCACCAACUUGUGAGAGUACAUUAAAUGAUACACUGAAAAAACACGACAAAA